AUGGCUAAACGUAAGGCUGAAGCGUUGAACGACGAUGAAAUCAGUGGUUAUCUGGUGGAAGUUUCACCCAUCAAAACUUCUCAACAGAACAACAAAUAUUUUGACGGAACUAUAAACUCAGAUAGAAAACUUUUUCAGCACUUUGUCUGCUUUGACGUGAGCAAACAUAGUCAAUUCAGAUCAGCAGGCACCCAGAAAUCUCCAGUGAAGUUACAACGAAUAUCUCAAGUACCAAGUAAGAGGGACGCUUCUCCAAAUGAUGUGUUGAUUAAAAGAACGUCAUCAUUGAAUGUGUUGCGAUCUCUAGAUUUCUCCUGUAAACAACAACCGAAAGAAACGAGUGAACAAAGUACACUGGAAAAAAUUCAGAACCUUCCAGAAAAAUCUAAGGUAAAUUUAGUAGCUACUGUGAUGUCUAAAUCUAACAGUGAAAUAGUUGAUGUAAGAGGAACCCUUAUUAAUAAGUGCACAUCCACAAUUGCUGACAACACACAACAAAUGGAGUUGACCUUGUGGAAACACCACAUUGACAAAGUAGUUGUUGGGAAAACUUAUCAUUUCACUACUGUGUCUACUAGAUUUUUCCACACCUAUACAUUAACAACUACAUCAUCAACAGAUAUAAAUGAUCAUGAAGAUUUAUUAGAUAUAGCUGACUACCAGGAAGAAUCAACAUCUACUACCAUUACAGGAGCAAUUACCCAGAUAAUCUUGCACAAAUCAGCACAAUGUGGCAACUGUCACAAAUCAAUCAAAGACCUACCAACAGGAAAUUUAGUUCGCUGCAACUCCUGCAACAUGAAACAAUUAAAAAGUAACCUCAACAACGCAUACUCCUGCACGAUGAAUGUCAAAGAUGAAUCUACAUCUCAAGUUAUUAAACUUAACAUGUUUUCAUCGGUCUUGGUGACCUUUCUUACAGAAAAUCUCAAAUUAAGUCUGCUCUCUGAAAUGGAAGAUGUGGAAGAUUACCUGUUGGAACAACAACAUCUUACAAUCACAUAUAACUCCAGCAACAAGGUUGUGUUAAAAUUUCAGAAAACAAGAUGA